AGGCUAUUCCCACAUCUUCCAACUUUCAGGAACAGAAAACAUCAUCGUAAAACAGGACGACCUCGACCUUCUUCAUUCAGCGUUGCAGAACCAACGGACCACUCAACUUCAAACUUUGCUCAUCAAACUCAAACGGACAUCAAAGCUGACAUUCACGAAAUGGAGAACCCGAACGAAUUACCUGUCAUGUCUAUGACGGAAUACAAGAAGAAGCGGGACUCUUGUCGGCAAAAGAUUGCGUCGAAAUACGAUAUUCUGGGCUUUAUCAGCUCAGGAACUUAUGGUCGUGUGUACAAGGCAAAGUCCAAGAACAAGGACGAUGGCAAGGAAUACGCUAUCAAGAAGUUCAAGCCGGACAAGGAGGGCGAGGCUGCAACGUACAUCGGGAUCUCACAGUCGGCUUGUCGAGAGAUCGCUUUAUGUCGAGAACUGCAUCAUGAAAAUAUUGUCUGGUUACAGGAGGUUCUGUUGGAGGAUAAGUCGAUCCACAUGGUGUUUGAAUAUGCAGAACAUGAUCUCCUUCAAAUCAUCGGUUUCCACAGUCAUCCGGAGCGGAAAUAUAUGUCUGAAUACACCAUCAAGUCAUUCUUGUGGCAACUGUUGAACGGAGUCGCAUAUCUCCAUGCCAACUGGGUGAUGCAUCGUGACCUCAAACCCGCCAACAUCCUCGUCACCGCCAAUGGAGUUGUCAAAGUUGGCGAUCUAGGAUUGGCGCGGUUGUUCUACAAGCCUUUACAACCACUCUUCAACGGAGACAAGGUGGUGGUGACAAUUUGGUAUCGAGCACCAGAGCUCUUGCUUGGAUCGAGACAUUAUACCAAGGCGAUCGAUAUCUGGGCGAUUGGAUGUAUUUUCGCCGAAUUGAUUACACUGCGGCCGAUCUUCAAGGGCGAGGAAGCCAAGGUCGAGAAUAAGAAGACGGUCCCGUUUCAGAAGAACCAGCUUCAAAAGAUCUUUGAUAUCCUCGGCAACCCUACAAAGGAGCGGUGGCCCACGAUUGACCAGCAACCAGAGUAUCCGAACCUGAGUCAAUUUAGGCAAACACCAAACGUGCUGCGAUCGCUCUAUCAGACAUGGCCGAUCAAGAGCGAGCAAGGAUGCAAUCUUUUGGCUGCGAUGCUCGAGUAUGAUCCGUUGAAGCGGAUCACGGCAGAAGAGGCAUUGAAUCACCCAUACUUCCAAGAAGAUCCGAAGCCUGGCAUGGACUCGUUUGCUGGACAACCCGUGGAAUUCCCGCUGAGAAGGAUUACGAACGAGGACAAGGAUAUGAGGGUAACGGCGUCGGUUCAGAAGACGCACCCGGUACCGACUUUAAAGGAUGACAGGAACACAAAACGGCCUCGUAUGGAGUAGAGUAAAGCGCAGUUGUGCUAUGCAAACCAAUGAUGUUAAAUAAAGGCCGCCAAAGCAAAAAGCAAAUAGCAAAAGAGCUG